ACGAUUCAAUUCAAACUAACGAAACAAACAACCAAGUUGCAUCAACAGUGAUUGAUCACUUUCAAAAGAAAUUCAAAAAACAACUACUUUUUUCAACCAAAAUCUUUCCCAAAAUCCCAAAUAAUCAACAUGGCUGCUAAUCCUGAAUCAACAACCAAAACUUCACGUGUACGAAUGAAUUUUCAUAAAGAAUGUGAAGCUGGUAUUAAUAAACAAAUCAAUUUGGAAUUGUAUGCAUCCUAUGUAUAUCAACAGAUGGCUUUUCAUUUUAAUCGUGAAGAUGUAGCAUUACCUGGUUUUGAAAAAUUUUUCCACGAAUCAUCUGAAGAAGAACGUGAACAUGCUGAAAAAUUGAUGAAAUUACAAAAUCAACGUGGUGGUCGUAUUGUAUUACAAGAUAUACCAAAACCCGUACAACAAGAUUGGUCAUCUGGUUUAGAAGCAUUAAAAGCAUCAUUAGAAUUGGAAAAAACUGUUAAUCAAUCAUUAUUAGAUUUACAUGAUUUAGCUACUAAACAUAAUGAUGCACAAUUUGCUGAUUUUAUUGAAUCAAAUUAUCUACAUGAACAGGUUGAAGCAAUUAAAAAAUUGGCUGAUUAUAUUACUAAUUUGGAACGUUGUGGUUCGGUUGGUCUUGGUGAAUAUCUUUUUGAUCGUCAUACAUUACAAUGAUGGUAACCAUACAUUGAAAUGAUGGUAAUCAUCAUUUACAUUUGUUACAUCGAUUCGACACAAGAUUUUUCUUUCUUUUAAUAACUUUUUUCUGUUGUGUUUUGAUUUCUGUUUGAUGUUCGCAAAAUAAAAAUUAGAAUAGCCAUACUAUAAUAAAAAA